UUUGCACUUUCUAAUGGCAAAGAAGAAGUUUCAGAUUUUUUUGGGGGGUUAGGGGCUGGCCCUUUUUUUGUUCCGCUGGAGAAUCCUGCUUAAACGGUGUGUAGGAGCACAACAGACCGACAGGCAAUCACAGCGCCGCGGACAAUCGGCCAAAAAGAACGGCGCCGGGAGGGACCGCACCGCAGAGGAACAGUGGUCAGAAAUAAGACAGUAUCGCCCUCCAGCUCUAACGUCCCCACCUCCAGGGUCAACGGGCAGACAUCAGCUAUAGCCGUUAGCCUCAACUCCUCUGCGGGUCUGGAGGGUUCUGGUAGGGGCAAGGGGCGGGGGUACACCGAACAAGGAGAAGACUACACGCCGAGAGGAGGGGGCUGGAAGUCUGAGACGCUUCCAGCCUGAAGGGGCCGGCGGUUUGGCCACAGCACCCCGGACAAGCUAGCUUGUACCCGAGCGGCUAAGUGAAUGGGAUGGAGCCGGGACCGUCUGGCGCUGUGCCCAUGGGGGCCUUCCCCCCACCUCUGCAGCAGGUGUUCCAUGCCCCCCGCCGGCCAGGCAUGGGUACCGUGGGCAAGCCCAUCAAGCUGCUGGCCAACUACUUUGAGGUCGAGAUCCCAAAGAUGGACGUCUUUCACUACGAGGUGGACAUUAAGCCAGACAAGUGCCCACGGAGAGUCAACAGGGAGGUGGUGGAAUACAUGGUGCAACACUUCAAGCCCCAGCUCUUUGGCGACAGGAAGCCAGUGUAUGACGGAAAGAAGAACAUCUACACGGUGCUAGCACUUCCAAUUGGGAGUGAGAAGGUGGAUUUUGAGGUAACCAUUCCAGGUGAGGGCAAAGACCGCAUCUUCAAGGUGUCCAUCCGUUGGCUGGCCAAAGUGUCAUGGCGCCUGCUGCAGGAGACUCUGGUCAGUGGUCGGCUGCAGGUCCCCCUCGACUCCGUUCAAGCCCUCGACGUGGCCAUGCGCCACCUGGCCUCUAUGAGGUACACUCCAGUGGGCCGUUCAUUUUUCUCCCCACCUGAAGGAUACUACCACCCACUGGGUGGGGGGAGGGAAGUCUGGUUUGGCUUCCACCAGUCUGUGCGCCCCGCCAUGUGGAAGAUGAUGCUUAACAUUGAUGUGUCCGCCACGGCCUUCUACAAAGCCCAGCCUGUAAUUGAGUUCAUGUGUGAAGUUUUGGACAUUCGCAAUAUCGACGAGCAGCCCAAGACUCUCACUGACUCGCAAAGGGUCCGCUUCACCAAGGAGAUUAAAGGCCUGAAGGUAGAGGUGACCCACUGUGGCCAAAUGAAGAGGAAGUAUCGUGUAUGCAAUGUCACCCGGCGACCUGCCAGCCACCAGACGUUUCCCCUCCAGCUCGAAAGUGGGCAGACAGUAGAAUGUACAGUGGCCCAGUACUUCAAGCAGAAGUACAACCUGCAGCUAAAAUACCCCCACCUACCUUGCCUACAGGUGGGGCAAGAGCAGAAGCACACCUACCUGCCUCUGGAGGUGUGUAACAUUGUAGCAGGUCAACGAUGCAUCAAGAAGCUGACAGAUAAUCAGACCUCCACUAUGAUCAAAGCCACAGCUCGCUCCGCUCCCGACAGGCAGGAGGAGAUCAGCAGGCUGAUGAAGAAUGCUAACUUCAACCUAGACCCGUACAUCCAGGAGUUUGGGAUCAAGGUGAAAGACGACAUGGCUGAGGUGACGGGCAGAGUGCUUCCACCCCCCAUCCUGCAGUAUGGAGGACGGAACCGUGCCAUAGCAACCCCCAACCAGGGAGUGUGGGACAUGAGGGGGAAACAGUUUUAUAAUGGCAUCGAGAUCAAAGUGUGGGCAAUUGCUUGCUUUGCCCCCCAGAAACAAUGCAGGGAAGAGGUGCUCAAGAACUUCACAGACCAGCUGCGUAAAAUCUCUAAGGAUGCUGGGAUGCCCAUCCAGGGCCAGCCAUGCUUCUGUAAAUACGCCCAGGGAGCUGACAGCGUGGAGCCCAUGUUCAGACACCUGAAGAACACCUACUCCGGACUGCAGCUCAUCAUUGUCAUCCUGCCAGGAAAAACCCCUGUCUAUGCCGAAGUAAAGCGUGUGGGAGACACCCUCUUGGGCAUGGCGACGCAGUGUGUCCAGGUGAAGAACGUGGUGAAGACGUCCCCUCAGACCCUGUCCAACCUCUGCCUCAAGAUCAACGUGAAGCUGGGAGGCAUCAACAACAUCCUGGUGCCUCACCAACGGUCAGCAGUGUUUCAGCAGCCGGUUAUCUUCCUGGGAGCAGAUGUCACACACCCCCCUGCUGGAGAUGGCAAGAAGCCCUCCAUUACUGCUGUGGUAGGCAGUAUGGAUGCUCAUCCCAGCCGAUACUGUGCCACAGUGCGAGUCCAGAGACCCAGGCAGGAAAUCAUUGAAGAUUUGUCUUACAUGGUGCGUGAACUGUUAAUUCAGUUCUACAAGUCAACCCGGUUCAAGCCCACCAGGAUCAUUUUCUAUAGAGAUGGAGUUCCUGAGGGACAGUUGCCCCAGAUUCUCCACUACGAGCUCCUGGCCAUCAGAGAUGCGUGCAUCAAGUUGGAGAAAGACUAUCAGCCAGGCAUCACCUACAUUGUGGUGCAGAAACGCCACCACACACGCCUCUUCUGUGCUGACAAGUCUGAAAGGAUUGGGAAGAGUGGGAAUAUUCCUGCAGGGACUACGGUGGACACCAGCAUCACUCAUCCCUUUGAGUUUGACUUCUACCUGUGUAGCCAUGCGGGCAUACAGGGCACCAGUCGGCCGUCUCAUUACUACGUCUUAUGGGACGACAAUCGUUUCACGGCUGAUGAGUUGCAGAUUCUAACGUACCAGUUGUGCCACACGUAUGUGCGCUGUACCCGCUCAGUCUCCAUCCCUGCGCCAGCCUACUAUGCUCGUCUUGUGGCCUUCCGCGCCCGCUACCAUCUGGUGGACAAAGAGCAUGACAGUGGAGAGGGCAGCCAUGUGUCUGGUCAGAGUAACGGUCGGGACCCCCAGGCACUGGCUAAAGCUGUUCAGAUUCACCACGACACCCUGAGGACCAUGUACUUCGCCUGAGCUACACCAACCAUCACCACCAUCAACCCUUCCCCCCUCAUUUCUACCUGAGUGGGCACACAGCCCACCACCACCUCAUCCCCAUCCCUUAUUCCCAAUGACUACCCACCACACACACUCCACAGACUUGCCAGUUAUUCACCCAAAUCCAAGAAACAUAAAUCCCUUCACCUGUAAAUCACAGGCAGACUCUACAGCCUCAUGCACUCAAACGGUUAUGAAUAUUAUUAUUUUUAAUGUCAUUUUGUUGUUCUUACUUUACCAGGAAUAUUGAUCUUUUUUUAUGUAGAAUUUUUAAAUGUGGUUAUUAUUGUGUACUUGUAUUGUACGCUACAUUCACACUCCUGUGUAUGUACGUAUGCAAUUCAGAUUGGGAAGAAAAUAGGCGAU